AUGAACGUCAGCGUGGUAGAUGGACAACAGAACGUUGGAAUUUUGAGGAGUUUAUUCUCCAAUGAGCAGCUUAUUUUGCUCGGCAUAGUUUUGACGAUCUGGGCUGCUUAUAUUGCCAAGACUGCUAACAAAGCUAAAGGUGGUGCGAAUGCAAGGCUGAGUCAUUUGGAUCCUGAUAUGGAAAAGGCGUCAAAAUCCAGAGCCAAACCUGCCUCUGCCCUUGCUGAAAGACCAUUGGGACAAUGGGUACCCGAUUAUUCAUUCAAGACCCCUGUGCCCCCCGCUUACCCUAAUUGGAAUUUGGAAAAGACUAGACCAUUGCCAUACCGUGCUUUCAAACACAAAUAUAAUGUCACCAUGGGGAUAAGAAAUAUGGACCUUGAAUCUUGGAUUGAGUUGGAUAAUGAAUGGAUGUUUUUUCAUAAUUUGAAACUUAAAAGAUUAGCUGAAAAAAAGGACAAGGGCCAGGAGUUGUAUGGUACCAGUGAUAAAGCCAUCGAUGCUUCAUGGGAAUUGUUGUUUGAAUUGUGUAACUAUUUGCCUGCAAGAUACCCGAGUUUGUUUCAAUACAAUACAACAACCAAGUUGCUCAAGAUAUUGGCAACGGGGGAGACUUUUGACUUGACAGAUAGGGUCAAUGUAAACCCCAUAGUGACAGCUGCUAAAUUAGUUCAAGAUGAUCUUGCGAUAAUGGUGGAAAACGAAGAAGGGAAUUAUACCUUGGAAAGUGGGUGCAUUGUGUUAGCUGGGUUUUGGAGGCUUUCUGAUAAAUUUCAAAUGUCACUCGACGAGAUCCACUUGUCUGGAGACGUGCCACAAUAUUCAACCAAAUUGGGACCUGGAAUGAGGAAAUUUUUCCGUCGUUUAACUGUUGACCAACCAGUGGUGAGAAACAAUUAUUUUAUACAGACGGAUAAUAAUUUGGACUGGUCAACCUCGAUUGGGCCUGAGCUGCAGAAAAAUGUUGGAUGGUAUACGGCACCUGAGGCAACUGACGUUUCCAAAUUGUUUUUUCGAAGUGAGAGGCAAAGUUUGAGGAGAUUGCCCAUUUCAGGAGCGGUGGUGUUUACUAUCCGUACGUAUUUCAUGCCUGUUACCAAAUUGUGUCAAGAACCGUAUAUCCCAAGAAGGUUAUUGAACGGUAUUGGGAGUUGGCUGGAGGAUGUGAAUGAAUACAAGGGUUUUCACAAGUUUAAAGAUGCAUUGUUGCCAUAUCUUGAAAAGAUGGCUCAAGAACAGGAGGCAAAAGGGUUGGUGUUGGAAGAAGAGCCACAAGCCUACCCAUUUUAA